UAUCGCUCGUCGACGACGUUCUCGAAAACCGCAUAUUUAACAAUCAUUUUAUUCAUUUCAAUUCUUUUGCCGACCUCAACAGACAGUAUAAUAUCCCGCAGCAUAAUAUUUUCUACAGCAGAGAGCUGUCUGUAGUGUGUAAAAUCAAUGAUAUUAAUCUGUAGCAUAAUCAAUUAAUAAAAGCGAGCUUUUUUUUUUAAACGAAGUCAAAUUAAUUGGUGCUCUCGAACAGAUAACCGUCAAACUUUGUGUCAUCAACUUGAAAUUGCUCGUAGAACAUCAAACUAAGAUUCAGCCAUGGCCGUAGCUAGAUAACGUUCAGACCACCGACUCGCUGAACAUAUCAUCAUCGACUUCGAUUCGAAGUGUUCGUUUCGAAAUGACGUCAAAACCUUUGAUGUCCGGCAAGACGGUUGAUUUGGAGUUCAAAAAUAUCACAUACAAAGUAAACUGUUGGCCGGACACUUUUAAAAUAAAGCAAAAAACCAUUCUCAAUGGUGUGAGCGGGAAGUUUAGCCCUAGUCAACUGUGUGCGAUCAUUGGCUGUUCGGGCUCCGGCAAGACUUCCUUGUUGAACAUUUUAUCCGGUUACAAAGCGAGUGGUUACACCGGCACGAUAUUGGCGAACAAUAAACCUCAAAAAUUGAAUUCGUUCAAAAAACAAUCAUGUUAUAUAAUGCAAGAAGAUCAACUGCACGAACGGCUCACUGUCAGAGAAGCAAUGCGGUUCGCUGUAAAACUAAAAUUCUCCGUUUUGACGUUGGACAAAUCGAAACAAAAAAUGAUGGACUCGAUUUUGAAUAAUUUAAAUUUGCACGGUUCGUGCGAUACCCUGUCGGCCAAUUUGUCUGGCGGUCAACGCAGAAAGUUAUCGUUCGCCUUGGAGUUAAUCCACGACCCGAGAAUAAUGUUCUUCGACGAACCCACUAGUGGUCUGGACAGCGGGUCGGCCAAACAGGUGCUUCUGACCCUGAAGGAUUUCACCGAGUCCGGUCGCACGAUAAUCAGCACUAUACACCAGGCUUCUGCCGUGCAGCUGCAAACGUUCGACGUCUUGUACGUGCUCUCCCCGUCUGGGCAAUGCGUGUACCACGGACUCGCGUCGGCCUUGCCGGGCUUCCUGGCCGACCACGGGCUGCGGUGCCCGGCUUUCCACAACAUCGCAGACUACAUCAUCGAAGUCAGCGUCGGAGAGUAUGGCGAUCAAGCUGAUCGUCUGACGACGAGCGUCGACAACGGCAAAUCGUCACGGUGGAUGGCGAUGACGGACGGCAAACAGCUAGGCCUCUCGGUCGGAGAUCAGAAGACGUCAGAAAACCUAUUUGCGUUAUCAAAUAAUAAUGUUGCUGGCCGGACGUUCCACAAUUCGACGAUUGCCAAAGCACAGAAACGCCAAAGUUUCGUUCAGUUUAUCACGAUAUUGCAUAGAUCAAUGAUUCAAACGAGGAGAGAAAAAUUUUAUAUUACAAGACUGCUGAUCAACAUCUUGCACGGGGCCAUGUACGGGUACAUAUACUACGGAAUCGGUAACGACGCCGCGUACGUACAAGACAAUUUGAAACUGUUGUUUUUCACCAUAGUGUGCGUUGCAUUCACGUCCAGUUCCACAAUGAUAUCGAGCUUUCCAUUGGAAAUGCGAGUACUCACAAAAGAACACUUCAACCAAUGGUAUUCGCUGCCGACGUUUUACAUGGGCUACACGAUUGUCGACCUGCCCAUCGAGGUUUCGUGUACAUUUUUGCACUGUACCAUCGUUUAUUACUUCACCGGGCAGCCACUCGAAUGGUCGCGGUUCGGUUACGUCACACUUAUGAUACUCAUGGUCGGACUCAUGGCACAGACUGCCGGCAUGUUUUAUGGCACCCUGUUCAGGGAUUUGAGAUGCGCUACACUUCUAUCGAUGGUCACAUUCAUGUCGUGGGUUAUAUUUGCCGGUGUGCUUAUAAGGAUUCCCGAUACUCCGCCAUCGUGGCGAUGGUUGUACGAUAUUUCAUUUUUCAAGCACGCGUUGGAAGGAGUGCUGCACAGCGUUUAUGGAUCGGAUCGACCCGAUUUACAAUGUUCUGAAGUCCAUUGUUACAGCACUUCGCCAACGAGAGUGUUAAAAGAGGUCGGCAUGCCAGUCGAUAAGUAUUGGAUCAACAUAUUAGUAAUUUCGACAAUUUAUUUGGUCCUCAAGUUAUUAGUUUACCAAACGGUAAAAAGAAAGCUGAUUGUUCAUUGGUAGUGUUGAUUCGGUUGGUUUCCGGCGAGUGUUAUAAAAUUCUGUAAAAUGUAAGAUAUCUAAUUUAAGUAAACAAGUAAUGUUAUCGAAAAUAUGAAUUAUUUUACUUGGAUAAUAGUAUUACUAUUUUAUCAAAUUAUAUUAAACAAAAUGUGUAUUAACGGUUAUUGUGAAGUGCUAAAAAAAAAUCAAACCAAACAUCUAUGUUAAAAUAUAAAAAUGUAUUUUUAUAAUGUAAUAUAAUUAUUUUUAUGAUUGUUAAAUUUAAAUUCAUAAUGAAGAAUUUUAUUA